AUGGCGGAUGAGGACCCGGACAACCCAACGCUUCCGGCUUUCAUGAAGCGACUACCUCCCGAAUUCGUCGGGAUUCAUGGGCAUGACCUACCGUUUGACUGUAGGCUCGUAUGGCCUAAUGGAACACGGUAUUCAGUGCGAAUUCUGAAGCUUGAGCAUGGGUUCUACUUCACUUCCGAAUGGAGUAAUUUUGUUCGUGCUACUAGAGUCGUGCACGGCGAUCAUCUCAUCUUCACUUUGGUGGGUGCUGGUAUUUUCAAUGUAAGGCGGUUUGAUCGCUACACUAAUUGUCCACCGCAGGGAGACAUGGAAGUUAUUGAAGACGACGGUGUGGAUGAAAACGACUCUCCGGGCAUCGAUACUUCCGAUGAGUACGUGCCUUCGGAGAAUGAAUCUGAAUCAACGGGUGACGAAGACUACGUGGACGAUAGCAGGGCACUGAAUGUCGACGGCAUCCCUACUUUCGUCAUUUCGCUCACCCCGAGUAACAUCAAUCGAAGGCUUGAGAUCCCGUAUUGGUUUUGGCAGCGCCAUAUCCCGAUGGGGGCAAUUCAAGCGGGUGUGCAUCUGGUAACGGAAGGGGGGACGUGGCUAUGUACACUCAAACACAACUCGAGGAAGAUAUGGGUUAAGCAUGGAUGGGGUCGAUUCAAACAAGAGAACAAUCUGGUUGAAGGGGUUCGUUGCCAUUUCAAGCUCGUUGAUAACUUUGUGGUCCAAUUUGAAGUGUGGUUUGAUCGGCCUUAA